AUGCACGCACAGUUUAGAGGGUGAGACGCACGGUAUGAUAGUUGAAGCGCAAUAAAAAAGGGACGACAUAACCGCGUACAGGAGGAGCGGUGCGCGUUGCGUAUAAGAGGUAACACUUCGAAACGGGCGCGUAAUCGUGCACUUACUGAGGAAUAAACCCACGUGCUCAGAUUCCAGCCCACCUUUUGCUCGCUUUCCGAUUCAGCCACCAUUCGGCGCUGCUCGGUGUGCACGUUCCUCCGGCCUUGUCGAGGUAGCGACGUCGGCGACAUUAACUCGACGUCCCCUGAUUCAGAGGAUGUUGAAUGACCAGACAUAGCCUGAGGUAAAGGAGUCAGAAGCUCUUCAGAUGACUCCUUCACUCCAAUGGCCAUCACAGAAAAGCAGGCCAUAAUGGUGAUUCACCAGGAGGGCAUGACCACAUCUGCACCUCAGGCUUCUUCUGCUCGUUCCCUUUUUGUUGUCCUCAAACCGUUACAUCCUGGAGGCGGAGGUCAGGACGAAGGAGCUCUGUUGGCUACUAAGGAAGCCAGUCCUUUGAGGACAUCCGCUGUUGGCUUUCAGAAAUUAACGUCCAUGUCCUUGUCAGCUAUGGCAGGCGCAAACAGCAGUAACCAACUAUGGAAUUUGCCAGCAGAGAGUACAUGUAAAGGCAUUACUGUCACUUUGGACAACAAUAAUAUGUGGAAUGAGUUUUAUAGAUGUCAGACUGAGAUGAUCCUAACUAAGCAAGGUCGUAGAAUGUUCCCUUGUUGCCGCUUCCGCAUUUCUGGGUUGGAGCCUUUCCAGCGGUACACAUUAGUAAUGGAUAUGCAUCCAGUAGAUAACCACCGGUACAAGUGGAGUGACAGACGUUGGGAGACAAACGGGAAAGGUGAUCCACAUAUUUUGAGCUCCUUUGUACACCCUGAGUCCCCUGCUACUGGCCUUGAUUGGAUGCAAAACCCUGUUUCCUUCUACAAACUGAAGCUCACCAACAACCCUUCGGACCAAGAGGGCCAUAUUGUUAUAAACUCUAUGCACCGAUACCUUCCCCGUCUUCACAUUAUACCUGCAGAUAAGGCCACAGAUGUAGUUCAACUAAAUGGACCUGAUGUUGUAACCUUUAGUUUUCCUCAGACAGAAUUCUUUGCUGUCACAGCUUACCAGAAUCUAUGCAUCACCCAGCUUAAAAUUGAUUACAACCCUUUUGCAAAGGGUUUUAGAGAUGAUGCUACCAACUCCCGAUCCUGCAAGCCCAAAACCGGACUUUCCACUGAAACCGUGGAUAGUGAAGUUAAACCCAGCAGAGAGACUACAACCCUGAAUAAUCUCAAGACCUUGUUUGCCAAGAGGAGUGCUGCCGAAAAAGUCCUCAAAGUACAAUCUCUGCCUGCCCCAAACGAUGAGAACCUAAAAGCAGUUAACGGUGAUGCUCCCGUAAAUGCUGAGCUUGAGAAAACUUCAAGCAAGAAGCGCCCAUGGCCAGAGGGGCUGUCUGAGUUGAUUAAGGGUGCUCAUGUUAAGGUAAAGAGAAUAUCCCUUGAGAAGCUUCAUGAUGGCAGUGACCAGCAGAUGGCCAGCAGCUCUUGCACUCUGCCUGCAGGAAAGCAAAAGAAAGAUGCUGCAUCCAAGGACUGCAAAAUGGAAAACGUUUCAGUCACAGCUAUAAACAAGGAGGAAAUGGAAACCGAAAAGAAGCCAAAGAAAGGAAGUGGAACUGUUGAUGUCAGAAAUAUUGUUGACGCAGAAGGGCCAAAAAGUGCCAAUACAGUAUCAAUCUCAAUAGCCACGAACUCAUCCACCAUAAAAAAUACAAACAUGCAAAUGAACUCCUCUGGUAUAGUUAUUUCAGAUACAUCCAUAAAUGAAAGGGUGGACACAGCAUUGAGUGAAACAGCCACAAAAACAGAUGGUAGGGACACUUCACAGUCUUUAGUCAAACCUCCUGACUGUAGAGGAGAAGUAAAGAAGAAGCGGGCUGAGCCUGUACCUUUACCUCUUCUUGCCCUAUUUCUACAGCAGUUGAAGUCAAAAACAAGACCCACCAGACCGAAGUCAAAAUGUGAAACUUCUGGUUCACCUUCACACACAGAUAAAUCCUGUAAAAUCUCAGUUGCUGAAAACGUACCUCCCACUACAGAAUCCUUUAGCCCCUCUCUUACCACACAAUCAAAUGCACAACCAGUAGCGUCUGUAAUUUCAGAAACAGUCACCUCAUCCAUUUUAACAUGCACUGUGUCUAACGCCAUAGUAUCUCCAUGCUUGUCGUUAUUACCCGCUACAUCAUCCUCUACAUCACUGAUUACAUCCCCCACAUUACCAGACAUGCCUUCACCUUUGAAGCCUUCUCCUCCCCUAGUUGACCCUGCCCAAAAUCCUGACCCUGUUCUUGCUGAACAUAAAGCUGCCUCAACACUAGAUUCUGACACUAGUAUUGUCACUACCCCCACAGCAGUUGCUGUUUCUGAGACUAUGCUUGUGUCCAAGCAACAGGAUGCACCUGUCACUUUGUCUGCAUUUUCAGAUAAUACUGUACCCAACAGCUUUCUUUCAGUAACUACACCUGACAAUAAUGUUGUCUCAAAUGCUGAUGCUCCCAGUGCCAUUUCUUCCAGCUCUCGUCCUAAGACAUUUCCUGUUACAAUAUCUGACAGUCCAAAAGAUGAACUUGUUUAUAGUAAUGUUGUUACCGCUGAAACGGACUUGGACUCCUGUACAGACCCAUGUGCUGAAUUUGUUCCUGAGGCUCCUUAUCAAUCCCCUUUGUCAGAUGACGAUGACAUCCCAUUUUCACCAUCAUCUCCACCAUCCACGGAGUUCUCUCUACCAAGCCCUGCUCCUUCAUCACCUGACCCAUUUCCACCAGGACUGUUUUCUGAUCGACCAAUACCUCCUAGAAAGUCACUUGACCCGUUUCCAUCUGGUCUGUUAUUUGAUAGACCAAGACCCCUUGUGGACUCAUUUGACUCUUUGCCCCGUAGCAUUUUUUUCACUAAACCAUCACGUACUGGAGAAUCAGAGCCAACAACUGAGAGUGUCAGUAGCGAGGUGACCUGUUCACUUGCCCCUGACCCUUGUAUUCCAACGGAAACCGAUCAGUCCUUACAAGAGAGUACAACCAGGAAGACCAAGGUGAAACCCAAGAAAGGUGGAAAAUUAAAGCUGAGUGAGGAUGCAGAGGUUACUGAAGGCCCCGUACCUGUCCCAUUGCAGCCCAACCUCGAGGAUGUGGAGGGCCAGUUGUUUGUUUCAUUCAUGUCAAAGAAAGCUCUUGAAAUUCAUCUUGGGGAUGAAGCUAAAGAAGAAACUUCACAGAAAUCCACAGAAAACAUAAAUGAUGAAGAUCCUCAAAAUACUCAAGAAAGAAUUGAUGCACUUGAGAAGGACCUUCUACGUGACUUAAAAAUUAUGAAGCACAGACAGGUCAUCCACCCAGUGCUGCAAGCAGUUGGCCUGAAGUUGAACCUGUUGGAUCUUACUCUGGCCAUUGAUCUGCAGUAUCUGGGUGUGUGCUUACCUAUUCCUCCACCUGUCGUCUUACCUGGGGAAAGCUCUGGGAGUUCAACCUCAUCACAGGUCCAGUUUGUGUCUAGGACAGGGAAAACAACUGACUUCACUAAAAUCAAAGGCUGGAGAGAUAAAUUUACCACUUCAAGCUCUUCAACUCUUCCUGGAGGUACCAGCUCAGAUGCAGGGCAAAAGAAUCUUUCUGCCUUCUGCAGUGACAUGCUUGACGAGUAUCUGGAAAGUGAAGGCAAGCUCAUUGAUGAACGAGCUGCCAGCUUCUCCCAGGCAGCUGUCACUCCUGUGGCCUACCAGCUGCCCACUAAAAGCACAAGCUAUGUUCGUACUCUGGACAGCGUGUUAAAAAAGCAGGCACCUCCAUCCACAACAGCAUCCCUUAAACCUUCCUUGGCAUCAAGAAAAUUUACCCUGUCAUCUAAAAGCAAAGAGAUUGCCAAGUUAGGGGAAAAUGGAUCAAAGAAAUCCAAAUAUGUUGCAGCAAAAACAGCCUCCAGCACAGACAAGCCAUCAAGUACAUCCAGCAAAGAAGGCCCCAAGGUAGAAGAAAACUCCUCGAAGAAAUUUGCCAAAUCUGGUGCUUCAAAACCUGUAUACAGUGAGCCAUCAGCUCCUUGUAGCGUAUGCCCAAGCAAAACAUCUGCUAAAAUUAAGACCAGGAAAGGAUCCAAGACCUCACAAGCAUCUUCACUACCUGAUGGAAAGCCUGUUGUGAAUAGUAUGUCGAUGGCAACUGUAGGCCAGGACUCUACUUCUAGUACCCCUGGAGGACGCAUUACAGGCCUGUCCAAGACUCUGGUUAAACUCCUGGAUUUGGAAGAUAGUGCUGUCUGGGAAGGGAAACGUCGUACUUGCAUCACUGAGGAACGGGCAGCCAUUGCUUUAUCCUCCCUUGUCACAGCAGAGAGUCCUGUAAAAAGCAGCCCUUCUACCAUCAUUAGGAGGCGUGCUCCACCUUGCCUCAAUGACUUUUGCAGACUGGGUUGUGUAUGUACUAGCUUGGCUCAGGAGAGGCGCCAGCACCACUGUGGCAAACCGCAGUGCAUGCUUGGCUGUGACUGCCUUCGACGCAAAGUAGUCCUGUUGAAACACUCUAAGGAUGAGGACUCGAAGAAGGAUCUUAUAGCUCAAGGUCAGCCAGAUGAAGAUGAAACUGAAAUGUUAAAGAAAAAAAAGAGGAGGAAAGCCUAUAUUCUGUCAGGUCCUGAAUCAGCACCUGAGCCAGCCACACGGGUGAAAAGACUAUGGGAUCAGAAAAAUGAGGCUGAUACAGAGUGUCUUUUCAUUCCUACACCUGCCAGGCCUCUUCGUCCUCCACUCUUAUCUCCGGAGCUGCAGCAAGAUUUGGAGAAUUUUCUCCAUCCUUUGCCUAAUAAAGUGUUGAAUGAUGGAGGGCUGAAGUUGACCAAAGGCGGUAAGCAGAGUUGUGCUCGUGUGAGGCCAUUUUGCAGGACAAAUCAGUGUCAUACUGGACAACAGAGCAAAAAGCAGGGUGAUCCACAUCUUGGUCCAGAGGACUCCCUAGAAGAUAUGGAGGAAGGAGAACUUCGGCCACCUGUUCUGUCUGGCCCUACCAAACGUCUAGAAAUUGUAUCCAAGUGCAAGUGGGCAACAGCAGGCAGCAGGAAUGUUGUCCUGCGUGUGGUUUGUGAGCAUAUGGCUCAGGACCGCCUGAACCACCCUUUCUGGGUCGGAAAGUACCACAUCCAGCCCAUCUCCACGACUGUCCAAGAGACGGAUGAAGGAUCCACAAUCACAUACAAAGUUUCCAUCUCUCAGCCCAAGCCUGUUAAGAAUGAUCAAAAGAAGGAGGAGAAUGAGAAGAUAAAGCAGUUGGAAGCCCAGUUGAUUAAGACAAUAGGGAAGAGUGAAGUAAAAGGUCUCCCUCUUCUUUCUCAAGUCACUCCUGCAGGUUUACUAAAGGCUGAGAAAAAACCUCCUGGUGCUUCAGGGCAGAUAACAGUCAAUGGAAAACCUUACCCACAAGCCAAGCUAGAAUUGGGCCAGAUGGGGGCUUUGCACCCGGCCAACAGAUUGGCUGCUUACAUCACAGGGAGAGUAUGCCUGGAUAACCAAAAUGCCACCAAAGCUGUAACCACAGCCACCAUUUCAACAACUACUCCCACAACUUCUACCACUAUCACUAGAGCUGUGGCCACAACAGCUUCUGUUACCGGCACACGUUCUUCUGCUGUCAUAUCAGUCAAGCCCAUAGUGACCAAGCCCCCAGUGGGAACGGUCUUCACCCAGGUUGUCAUCAACCAUAUGAACUCCCAGCAGCAAAAGCUGCCCAGCACUAGUGCACCGCAGUGUUUGAGUUCUAUUAAAAAUCUUAUCAACCCCCCUUCGUCCUUGAUGACUGGGGUCACAGGGGUCUCAGUUGUCUCUAACACACCUUCAAAAGCAAGCAUGGCUUCCUGGGCACCUGCCGCCUCUGGCCCUACAGAUGGACCUGUCCAGGUGGUUAAAGCAGUACCAGUGUCUGGAUCAAUUGCACCAGUAAAGAAGACCUUUGUGUUUAGUUCUACUGGCCUACGUGCAUCUGCCCCUGGUGGUGGAGUCAGGCUGAUGCAGCCUGUAACAUCUGCUCAACCACCAGUCCCAGGCCAGAGGAUGGUGUUUCAGAUGUUGAAGACAGCAAAUGGAGGCACCGUGUACCGCAACCCUAGUGGUCAGCUUGUCCAAUUGGUGCCCCUCAGCCAAUUCAGGGCCCUCAAUCCCAACUUUCUCAUACCCAAGCAGAUUUUCUCUAGGAUAGUGCAUUUCACUUCACACCACUGUGAAUUUAUGUACAUUUAUCCACCAUUGUUCGUUUUCCCCCACCUACUGCAAAGUAAACCUCAAAAUGCCAGCUCUGUUUCCCCUGUCAUUUCAUCCAUACCUCCCACCUCCACUGCACCUCUACUGCAAGCUCAGAAUCUGACCCCAGUACACAGUACUGCAACCUUCAGUAUGACAACAACAGUCACUUCUUCUGUGACUGUAAAACCGGCUGUCUCUUUUUCUGACCUCAAAUCCACGUUGAGCCAGCCUGGUACAGUGAAUAUAGUCCCAGGAAUUCUUAGCAAUACUGCCAAAGACAUUCUAAAAAUUGUAACUCCAGGUGUUAUCAAGGAUUCAAAACAUGCCAGUAUCACAGAAAACUCUUCAGCAUCUACAAGGCAAAGCACUUUAAACGCUGCUCCUGCAAAAGGAGGCAUUGUACUGAUAACAGCCCCAAGUUCCUUAUCAUCCCAGAAUCAAGACCUCAAAAAGUCAGACAGCAACAUCAAAGUCAGCUGUGUUCCAACAGAGGGAUCAGAACAGGAUGUUCAGUCCUCCAGCUGUUCAAAAAAGCCUUCUGAUAGUGUGGUUCUGGAAGACCACUGCUAUACCUUUGAAACAAAGGGAACCAGCACCUCAUGUGAAAAGCCUGAAGAUCCUACAGAUGCCUCAAAUCCUGCAAAUGCCUCUGCAUCAAACACACUCCCAAAAGAGUUGCUGGAAUUUGGCCCUGUUGAGGAAGAUGAAGAAUCUGAUGUUGAAGAUGAAGCCCUGGGGUUUGACUUGGGUGGCGAGGCAGGACUAGAUAUGGAAGAAGUUGAGAUCGAUUCAGACUGCACAGAAUUAACUGAAGACUCAGACAUGUAUAAUGACUUCACUGAGUCCAGUGACCAGGAAGACCUCUACAUAGACACUGAUUCUGAAGAUGGAAGGAAGAGUGAGCAGAAACGAGACAGUGUGACUGUAGAGAUGCAGGAUCUGCGUGGGAAGGAUGAUGAUGAGCUGGUUGAUAUUGAAACAUUUGAGGAGAAGGAUGAAAAGAAUACUGCACUACUUGUGUUGAAGAAGCGUGAAAGAGGUCAGCAGAAUCUAAGAGCAGAAGAGGAGAGUGAAAAAGAGUUUUUGCAUAAGAAGAAGAAACAAGAAAUGGAGAGACGCAGCACUCUAAGAGAGUGUUUUCACAAGAUGCGAAUGACACUAAAUCUUGAUGGCAAAUCCUCCAAAAUGACAAUACUCACGCUGGCUCGAGAAGAAAUCUGUGCUCUUAUUAAACAAAGAGAUCAGUUGGUGAAUAUGCACAAAAGGCUGAAAAAGAAGAGAGCAUACUACCUUCAGCUAGCAUCCCAAAUAUCUGGAAAGACUGAGGAGUCCAUCUCUCAGAAGCUGGAUGAAAUCAUUACAAAACAGAAAUCUCUGGAGAACCAAGACAAGUCAAAAGACAUGAAUCUUACACCACCAGCUCCAAAGAGCAUGGAUUGGGAUCUCAUCACAAAACAGAAGAAACUGGAGUCCAAGGACAAAGUUAAAGAUAUCUUGCAUACACAUGCUGAACUAUCCCCUAACUCGAAACCAGUUGACCUUAGCAUCUCCAAACAGAAAGGUCUAGGACACAAGCCCAUUGGAAGUUUCAGUUCUAAGAAAAAAGUGCUUGACUCUUUGGAGAAAGAGACUAUUUUGAAACCCACUCAGCCAGCCAAGCCACCUAGCUUUAACACUCUGUCAACUUCACAACCCACACUACAUCUGGAAAAGCCAGCUUCAUUGUCACGGGAGAGAACAAGGCCCAACAUUCUUUCCCGCAGCAAAUCUCAAGCCCUGCCAGGGUCUCCAGCUAAAGAGCAAGCAUUUGUUCCUCAAGUAAUUCCACUGGUGGAAGCAGUGGUGCCAUGUAAUCAGAUCAUUACUAUAAGUAACCCUCUUCAGCCCAUUGGUAUCACAUCUUUAGGUGAAAGGCAGUCAGCCACACCAGGGGUUGCAGCUGUGUCAAUAUCUGUUCCUGCUAUAUCUCACCCAAUACGAGUGGAGAAUCCAGUUCCCAUUUUGCAGCCUCAGGUCCUUACACUUGCCAGCAGCCCUCUAAAAAUCAACUCUCCAGUUAAAGCUGUAAACCUCCCCAAAAUUUCCAGUGUAGUUUCUUUGGUGCCACCAGAAAAACUGCUAAUCACACCACCAGUUGUUCUGCAGAAGACGGACGUUCCACCUGUUGUCCAGACACAGGCAGUCUGCAGCCCUGUGCAUGUGGAUGCUCUGCAGAACCCUCCUACAACCUCUUCUAAUGAAGUCCCUUCUGCAGGAGAGGAACAGGGACUAGACAAACAGUCACUCGAGGACGCGUUCAAGCAGGAUGAUAAGGUCAAGGGAGCAGCAGAUGUUACAAAAAGGCAAAAGGAAGAGGAAAAAGCUGCAGCUAACAAUGAGACGGAGGUAGAAAAUCUGAUGUCCUUGCUUGAUGAGCUUGUUUACCUUGAUCAGCAGCUAAGCAAUGAACCCUCCCAGCCACAAGGAGGCGCCGAGAGUCUUACAGAGGCAGGCAGUAUAGAGACAGGUCUGCCUACUGAGAAGGAGCCAGGUGUGGACAGAGAUGAUGAGCGUUCCCUCAGCCCUUUGUUCCUCAGACUAGAUGAGGAUCUAAUAGCAUCAACCAGCUCAAAGGAUGAGAUGGAUGAUAUUCCUCCUAAAGUAGAUGAUCUUGUAAAAGUCAUAUUCGGGUCUGACUCUCCUCCCAAUUCAUCAGAAUCUGAGGUUGCUGCAGGAGCCAAUGAUGACAGCGCCAGUGUCCCUGGAAGCAAUGUUAAAAAUGAUGCUCCAUCACCGCCUCCGCUGAUGCAGAUGAAAGCUGGAGGGGGACCUGCAGCAAACUCUUUGAAAGAGCAAGCCAGUGUGUCUUGGCGGCCCAUGCCCAAACUCGCUCCUCUGGGGGUAAAGACUCAAGACGCUGGGCAGCCUAAAGCUGCAAGUCCUCAUGUCCUCAAGCCUAGCUCAAAACCUCCCAGUCUUCGCAGUGCACAUACGUAAUGACAAAUUAAUCAGGGAUAUCUGCUGUGUGUAUAUAGGAUACAUAGGAUGUUUAUUUAUUUGUAUCAGAGUGCGUUUCAUCAUGUCCUGCUUCAGCAAGACAUGCCUGUUGUGCCUCUGGUAAACCCAAAGAUGUUUACAUCUGUUAUUUUCCAACAGAGCAGAGGAAUGUGUUUGUUUUCUGCUUCUGAAUAACAGGAAAAUCUGUUUUUUCCUCAAUGUUCUUCCUCUUUAUUUUAGAAGAGGUGUCGAGUGAAUAAAAAGACAAAU